AUGGAUUCUAAGACUGUUGGUAUCCUCGGAGGUGGUCAGUUGGGGCUUAUGUUGGUGGAAGCUGCCAACAGAUUGAAUGUCAAGACUGUUAUCUUGGAUGCCGAAGGUGCCCCGGCCAAGAGAAUCAAUGCCUCAGAGGCCCACAUUAAUGGCUCCUUCAAGGAUGCUGAAGGUGUUUCUAAGUUGGCUUCCAAGGCUGAUGUUUUAACAAUUGAAAUAGAGCAUGUCAACACCGAAAUCUUGAGUGAUUUGCAAAAGAAAAAUGACAAAAUUGCCAUUCACCCAUCUCCUGAAACCAUCAAGAUUAUUCAAGAUAAGUAUACCCAAAAGGAAUACUUGAUCGAAAACAAUGUUGCCGUUGCUGAAUCAAUUGCUGUUGAAAACACUAUUGACGGGAUUAAAAACGCUGGCUCAAUUUUGGGUUAUCCUUUCUUAUUGAAGGCCAGAAACAAUGCUUACGAUGGCAGAGGUAAUUUUGUUGUCAAGUCAGAGGCAUCUGUUGUUGAAGCCCAAGCUGCUUUAGGCGCUAACACUGCGUUGUAUGGUGAAAAAUUUGUUCCAUUUGUUAAAGAAUUGGCUGUCAUGGUUGUGAAGGAUAUCAAGGGAGAUGUUUAUGCUUACCCAACUGUCGAGACCAUUCAUACUGAUAAUAUCUGCCAUAUUGUUUACGCUCCAGCAAGAGUUCCAGAUAGCACUCAAUUGCGUGCUUCUUUAUUAGCACAAGAUGCUGUGAAAUGUUUCCCAAAAGGUGCUGGGAUCUUCGGUGUUGAAAUGUUUUUGUUGAACGACGGACAAUUGUUGGUCAAUGAAAUUGCUCCAAGACCUCACAAUUCUGGGCAUUAUACUAUUGAUGCUUGUGUCACCUCCCAAUUCGAGGCUUUGAUCAGGGCUGUAACUGGCUUGCCUUUACCAAAAGGUUUCUCUUCUUUCAGUACUCCAAGCACCAAUGCCAUUAUGUUGAAUGUUUUGGGUGCUGAUGAGCCAGAUGGAGAGUUAGAAUAUUGCAAGAGAGCCCUUGAAACCCCAGGAGCAAGUGUUUAUUUGUAUGGUAAAUCUUCCAGACCAAAGAGAAAAGUCGGUCAUAUCAAUAUUGUUGGUAGCUCACUUGACGAAUGCCAACGUCGUUUGGAUUAUAUAUUAGGUAAAUCUUUAAGCCUUGAAGAUGUUACUCAAGCUUCCAAACCACCAGCAGGUACUUCUACUAAACCUUUGGUUGGAGUUAUCAUGGGUUCUGACUCAGAUUUGCCAGUUAUGUCUGAAGGUUGUAACAUUCUUAAAAAAUUCGGGGUUCCAUUUGAAGUAACUAUUGUUUCUGCGCACAGAACUCCUCACAGAAUGUCUAAGUAUGCCAUUGAAGCUCCUCAUAGAGGUGUUAAAGUUAUCAUUGCUGGUGCUGGUGGUGCCGCUCACUUACCAGGUAUGGUGGCCUCGAUGACUCCAUUGCCAGUCGUUGGUGUUCCUGUUAAAGGCUCUAGAUUAGAUGGUGUUGAUUCUUUGUAUUCCAUCGUCCAGAUGCCAAGAGGUAUUCCAGUGGCUACUGUUGCAAUUAAUAAUAGUACUAAUGCUGCCUUGUUAGCUAUUAGAAUUCUUGGCGCUUAUGACAACAAGUAUCACAAGCUUAUGCAAGAAUAUGCUAUUGAUUUGGAAAACCAAGUCACUGCUAAGGCCGAAAAGCUAGAAACUGUUGGCUACGAAAAUUAUUAG